UGGGCAUACUUCAUACAACACUCAUGAAAACGUGGAACUGCUGAGAUCAGCGAAAUCUGAGUCUUACCUGCGGAAUAUGGUGAAGGGGUUCCAAAAGCCAGGGAUACAAAAAGCUGGAGAGCAAUCCAUAGGAAGCUGAUGCCACGAGGCCCCAGCCUUGACUCUUCUGUAACUUAAAAUGGCUGUUGGAAUGACCUUUGAAAUGUGAGGAGCAGACAGAAUGUUGCCUACCCAUCCUGCAUUCUUCGUUAAGAGGAAAUGGGGAACUCUGGCAGAAAGAAUGUUCUGGCCUAUGUGCAAUAACUCCAUUCUCUCUGCCAAAGGAUAAGACUAAGUCUGCUUUUUUGGAACCAGCUAAUGUCUUCAGGAAGUAUGGCUUUAGUCAGGAGAAAAUGGGACCUUUGAAUAAAAAAAAGCCAGCCCUGAUGCCUCAGUCUGCAGCUGUAAUUCCAGUGAGAACUAAAAAACGUUUCACACCCCCUAUUUAUGAAUCCAAAUACAAAACAGAAAAGGAGUUUAUAGAAUAUACCCGGAAAGCAGGAUUGGUCGUUCCUCAGGAACGUAUGGAACGUCCCAUACAUCUGGCCUGUACAGCUAGUAUUCUUGAUGCCUAUGUUCCUCCUGAGGGUGAUGCUCGGAUGUCAUCUCUUUCAAAGGAAGGACUGAAACAGAGAACUGAGCAAUUGAAGAAGAGUGUGGCAUCACAACUUUCAAUCCGGAAGAUAAAAGAAUAUGAUGCUAAUUUUAAAACAAAGGACUUUCCUGAAAAAGCUAAGGAUAUCUUCAUUGAAGCUCACCUUUGUCUAAACAACUCAGACCAUGACCGGCUUCAUACCUUGGUGACAGAACACUGUUUUCCGGACAUGGUCUGGGACAUCAAAUAUAAGACUGUCCGCUGGCGCUUCGUGGAAUCUUUAGAGCCACCCCAGGUGGUUCAGGUUCGCUAUUCAAGUCUGGUGAACCAGAGCAACAUGUAUGGCCAGGUCACCGUACGCAUGCACACCCGGCAGACUCUGGCCAUCUAUGACCGAUUUGGACGGUUGAUGUAUGGACAGGAAGAUGUACCCAAGGAUGUCCUGGAGUAUGUUGUAUUUGAAAAGCACCUGGUAAACCCCUAUGGGAACUGGAGAAUGCAUGGCAAGAUCGUCCCUGCCUGGGCACCCCCUAAGCAGCCCAUCCUUAAGACGGUGAUGAUCCCUGGCCCCCAGCUGAAACCAUGGGAAGACUGUGAAGACCCUCAAGGGGAAGCCCAUAAACCUCAACUAGCCUGAUGGCAAAAAAUGACACCUGAGUAAAACAUAGGUGGUGGGCAGCUAGAAGCUGUGAAGUAUCUGAGUCUGGGAGCCAAGAAGUCAUCCAUCUCCAUCGUGCAGUAGAAAGAACUACCUUUGUUCCCUCCUGUCCUGUGAGGGUCUUUUCAGCUGCCUCAUCUUCAACAACCAUGGCUGAUAGCUAGGCCCAGGUGGGUGGCUGAUGUGUACAGCCAUGGACUCCCAGUGCUUCUGUCUUCCUUUUCGUUUUUUAGAAAAAUUGUGUAUCUAACUUCUGAGUCUAGAUGAAAGGUGGUAUGUUUCAGAGAACAUCUGAUACCAGUUUUUUCCAUAGUAGUGACUGUUGGGAGCAAACUGGGAGUGUUCUAUUUCUAAUCAUAAGACAGACAUCAUAUUUUGAAAUAAAACACUGUCAGGGUGUUGAACAA